AUGCAUCCGACGUUCCGAGGACACUUGGUGGCCAUGAUAGCUGAACUCCUAGGAACUAUCAUGUUCCUAUUCUUCUCAUACGCCGCCGCCCAGAUCGGAAACGAAAAGGCUGAUACUCUACGCCCAGUGCUGGAGGAGACAGGGCUCAGUCUCCUACAAAUUUCGUACAUCAGUGCUGUGUUUGGCGUCAGCCUGGGGGUGAACGUCUGGAUAUUCUAUCGUGUCAGCGGAGGCAUGUUCAACCCUGCGGUUUCCCUGGCCCUUUGGAUCGCGGGAGCUUUCGAUUGGGUACGCCUGAUCUGCGUGGUACCGAUGCAAUUCGGCGGAGCCAUCGCCGCCGCCGGUUUGGUCUCCUUGCUAUUGCCAGGACCUCUCCAGGCCGAAAACGCCCUGGCGUCAGGCGCCACGUUUGUGCAGGGUUUGUUUCUGGAGACCAUCCUGACCGCGCAGCUGGUCAUGACCGUCCUCAUGCUGGCUGUCGAAAAGAGCCGGACAUCCUUCAUCGCACCACUUGCUAUUGGCCUGGCUCUAUUCAUUGCCCACCUCAUCGGUAUCAAUUACACCGGCACGUCCGUCAACCCAGCCAGAACUCUCGGCCCGGCGGUCAUCAACGGGAAUUUUGUCAGUUACAUCUGGAUCUUCUUCGUCGGACCAGGUCUUGGGGCCAUUCUGGCGGCAGGUCUCUACCAUCUGCUCAAAGCAAUGGGCUAUGAAACUGCGAACCCCGGCCAGGAUGACGACGGACUGGAGACCUAUCGCCUUCAUAUUUCCAGGAUCUCACCUCGCCACCGCCAAUGGGAAAGCCACCAAGAAAAGUUACGUAUUGAUAUGGAGGAAUGA